AUGUCUAUGGUCGCGUACCUCAAAACUUUGCGUACGCCGAGCUGCGCAACCCUCCACCCUCCUCUCAGGACACUCCUCCUCUGCACCUCGGUUAUCAAGACUGCGCAGUCCUCCCGGUUCCAUGCCGCGCUCGACGUGCUCGCCUCGGACGGCCCCUUGGCCACUGCGGUGUCUGAGACAGCCGAAGCCGGAGCGUUGCAACUCCUGGAGCUCUCCCACUCUGUGCUGCCAUCGACCCCGUCAGCCUAUGCAAGCGCGAUGAUCAAGAUGGCAAAGAAGGCAGAGGAGAGCAUUUUAGCCUAA